AUAAAGAUGUGUGAAUACAGUCUUUGUACCUUGUUUGCUCUGGGGAGGAGUGGAAGACAACUGGACUGAAAAGAGAGAGAGAGCGAGUGUGACAGAGAGAGAGGCGGAGUAGUUUCAGUUUUAAAAGCGACUGGAUUACUGCUAACUGACUGGUGCUGCAGUCAUGGGGCUUGGGAAAGGGAAAGAUGAGUACAAACUGGCAGCAACCUCAGAAGAUGGGGGAAAAAAAGGCAAGAAGGGGAAACAGAAGAAGGACAUGGACGAUCUGAAAAAAGAAGUCGACCUUGAUGAUCACAAGUUAACCUUGGAUGAACUUCACAGAAAAUAUGGAACUGACCUAACCAGGGGUCUUUCCUCCUCCAGAGCAAAAGAGAUCCUGGCUCGAGAUGGCCCCAACGCCCUCACUCCCCCUCCCACAACGCCUGAAUGGGUCAAGUUCUGCAAACAGCUGUUUGGUGGUUUCUCCAUGUUGCUGUGGAUUGGUGCCGUGCUCUGCUUCUUGGCUUAUGGUAUCCAGGCUGCUGCAGAAGAUGAACCGGCAAAUGAUAAUUUGUACCUAGGUAUUGUGCUUUCUGCUGUUGUCAUCAUCACUGGUUGCUUCUCCUACUACCAAGAGGCCAAGAGCUCCAAGAUCAUGGAGUCCUUCAAGAACCUGGUCCCACAGCAAGCCCUGGUUAUCCGUGAUGGUGAGAAGAAGAGCAUCAACGCUGAGGAAGUGGUGCUCGGAGAUUUAGUGGAGGUGAAAGGAGGAGACAGGAUCCCUGCUGAUCUGAGAAUCAUCUCUGCUCACGGCUGCAAGGUGGACAACUCCUCCCUGACUGGUGAGUCAGAGCCCCAGACUCGUUCUCCAGACUUCUCCAAUGAAAACCCUCUGGAAACCAGGAACAUUGCUUUCUUCUCCACCAACUGUGUUGAAGGUACAGCCAGAGGAAUCGUCAUCAACACCGGAGACCGCACCGUCAUGGGUCGUAUCGCCACCCUGGCUUCCAGUUUGGAAGGCGGCAAAACUCCCAUUGCCAUUGAGAUCGAGCAUUUUAUCCACAUCAUCACUGGAGUGGCCGUCUUCCUGGGUGUUUCUUUUUUCAUCCUCUCUCUCAUCCUCGGCUACGGCUGGCUGGAGGCUGUCAUCUUCCUGAUUGGUAUCAUUGUCGCCAAUGUGCCAGAAGGUCUCCUGGCUACCGUCACUGUGUGUCUGACCCUGACUGCUAAGCGUAUGGCCAAGAAGAACUGCCUGGUGAAGAACUUGGAAGCUGUCGAGACUCUGGGCUCCACCUCCACCAUCUGCUCAGACAAGACCGGCACCCUGACCCAGAACAGAAUGACCGUGGCCCACAUGUGGUUUGACAAUCAGAUCCACGAGGCCGACACCACUGAGAACCAGAGCGGUACCUCUUUUGACAGGAGCUCACCCACCUGGGCAGCUCUGUCUAGAAUCGCUGGACUCUGCAACCGUGCCGUCUUCCUGGCUGACCAGACCAACAUUCCCAUUCUGAAGAGAGAUGUCGCUGGUGAUGCCUCAGAAGCCGCCUUGCUGAAGUGCAUCGAGCUGUGCUGCGGAUCUGUUAGCAGCAUGAGAGAGAAAUACCCCAAGAUUGCUGAGAUCCCCUUCAAUUCCACAAACAAAUACCAGCUCUCCAUCCAUAAGAACACAACCCCCGGAGAAAGCAAACAUCUGCUGGUGAUGAAAGGAGCCCCAGAGAGGAUUUUGGACCGCUGCGCCACCAUUGUGAUCCAGGGCAAAGAGCAUCCUCUGGAUGAUGAGCUGAAGGAUGCUUUCCAGAAUGCCUAUGUUGAGUUGGGAGGUCUUGGAGAGAGAGUAUUGGGUUUCUGCCAAUUCCAUUUGCCUGAUGACCAGUUCCCAGAGGGCUUUGCUUUUGACACUGAUGAGGUGAACUUCCCCACUGAGAACUUGUGCUUCAUCGGCCUCAUGGCUAUGAUCGACCCUCCUCGUGCUGCUGUGCCCGAUGCUGUGGGUAAAUGCAGGAGUGCAGGAAUCAAGGUCAUCAUGGUCACAGGUGACCAUCCAAUUACAGCCAAGGCGAUUGCUAAAGGUGUGGGCAUCAUCUCUGAAGGCAACGAGACUGUUGAAGACAUUGCUGCCCGCCUGAAUGUUCCAGUUUCAGAGGUCAACCCCAGGGAUGCUAAGGCCUGCGUUGUCCACGGUGGUGACCUGAAAGACCUGACCUCAGAGGAGCUUGACGAUUUGCUGCAGCAUCACACAGAAAUUGUAUUUGCCAGGACCUCCCCUCAGCAGAAACUGAUCAUUGUGGAAGGAUGCCAGAGACAGGGCGCCAUUGUGGCCGUGACAGGUGACGGUGUGAACGACUCUCCAGCUCUGAAGAAAGCUGACAUUGGCGUCGCCAUGGGGAUCGCUGGUUCUGAUGUCUCCAAGCAGGCCGCCGACAUGAUCCUGCUGGACGAUAACUUUGCCUCCAUUGUAACUGGAGUGGAAGAAGGCCGGCUGAUCUUUGAUAACUUGAAGAAGUCCAUCGCCUACACUCUGACCAGUAACAUCCCCGAGAUCUCACCCUUCCUCCUCUUCAUCAUCGCCAACAUCCCUCUGCCCCUCGGAACCGUCACCAUCCUCUGUAUUGAUCUGGGAACUGACAUGGUCCCCGCCAUCUCCCUGGCUUACGAGAAAGCUGAGAGCGACAUCAUGAAGAGACAGCCUAGAAACCCGAAAACAGACAAGCUGGUGAAUGAGAGGCUCAUCAGUAUAGCCUACGGACAAAUUGGUAUGAUGCAGGCCACAGCUGGCUUCUUCACAUAUUUUGUCAUCUUGGCUGAAAAUGGUUUCCUCCCCAUGGACCUGCUGGGACUUAGAGUGCUCUGGGAUGAUAAAUAUGUAAAUGACCUGGAAGACAGCUACGGACAGCAGUGGACGUACGAGCGCAGAAAGAUCGUAGAGUUCAGCUGCCACACGGCGUUCUUCGCCAGCAUUGUGAUCGUCCAGUGGGCCGAUCUGAUCAUCUGUAAGACCAGGAGGAACUCCAUUGUGCAGCAAGGAAUGACGAACCGCAUCCUCAUCUUUGGGCUCUUUGAGGAGACGGCUCUUGCUGCCUUCCUGUCAUACUGCCCGGGCAUGGAUGUUGCCCUCAGAAUGUACCCCAUGAAGCCGUUAUGGUGGUUCUGUGCCUUCCCCUACUCCCUCCUCAUCUUCCUUUAUGACGAAGCCAGAAGAUAUAUCCUCAGACGCAACCCAGGAGGCUGGGUGGAGAAAGAGACGUACUACUGAGCCAGCGCAACACAGACACGAAGCAACCGUGCAUUUCAUCACUAUUUAAUGCCAUGUUACAUAUUUGUUUGAGAUGUUAGACCCAUGGUAACACCACAGAGCAUGGAUAGAUUUCCCAAUUAAAACAUUUCUACUGUC